GAACUAAAGCUCUCCUUAGCAACUUGGAGAAAGAAAAAUAUCAUUAUUAAAGUCUCGUAAAUCUUCUCAAUUAAUUUUUUUUUUAAAAUAAACGGACUCAUACCAACAGGCAUAUAAAAUAUCCUCGUUCAGCCUUUCAUUUUACCAGCUUUAGUCAGGACCUUUGCUUUUUUGGCCGCUACCCCUCUCCGUAGGAGCAAUAGAGUCACCAUCCGGCGCAUGUGCACUGUAUACUUUAAGCUAACUUUAACUUGCUGUCCACGCGUGUUUAGAGUCUCACUUUGGGAAAAGUGGGGUUUGAGCCCAGGGAUUUUAGAAAUAUACGACGCGUUUUUCUUCAGAAUGGGUGGUCAAGCUAAGGGUAAAAAGAAAAAUAAACCGAAGAGGAAAGAUAACCGUCCAAACAGGGCAGAUGGAGGAUUUGUUGGUUUAUCACCUCAAGAAAGGAUGAAGGUAAGAAUGCAAGAAAAAGCCAAGAAGAAGACAGCGGAGAAGUACUCAGUACAGCAACUUCUACAGAAGACUGAAGAAUGCAUGGACAGUUUUGACUUUGAAAUGGCCAGCCUUUUCUGUCAAAGAGCCCUGGAUGUGGAGCCCACCAACCUGCAAGUUCUAGACAUGCUGGGACACGUUUCCUCUGAAUUAGGAGACACACAGAAAGCUAAAGAAGUAUUUCUACGUGCUGUGGAGCUUAGCCCAGAUGUUGGCCACAGUAAGUACAUGUACCUGGGACAAAUCCACACAGGCCGAGAGGCUGUGGACUACUAUACCAAAGGCAUACAAGUCCUACUGAAUACAUUGGAGAAACAAGGAACAACAACAGCUCUGGCUGGAGCUGCUGCCCCACCAGAUGAGGACCCCGAGCUCCCCACAGAGAAGGAUGUUAGUGUAGCCUACUGCUCCAUCGCUGAGAUUUACUUAACAGACCUCUGCAUGGAGGAGGGGGCUGCCGACAAGUGCAGAGAGUUCAUAGAGAAAGCAUUACAGUAUCGCCAUGACAACCCAGAGGCUCUACAGCUUAUGGCCAGUUACCUGUUCAGUACAGAGAGAAACCAGGAAGGCAAAGAUUACCUGUUGAAGAGUGUUGGAAUGUGGCUACCUGCGCUAAAACAGAGAGCAGCUUCGUCCAGCGCAGGGGAAGACAUUCAGAAUGAGAUCCCUCCGUAUGAGUCUCGCAUCACCACAGCCAAACUGCUCAUUGAGUCAGAGGAGUACGAGAUGGCAGUAGAUGUGUUGGAGAGUCUACUAGAAGAGGAUGACGAAGUUGUCCAGGUGUGGUAUCUCUCUGGCUGGGUGUGCUACCUCCAGUUGGAAAAGGCAAAGGAGCAGCAGGAGAGGGAAGGAAGAGAAGCAACAGAAGAGGAAAAGGAGGAGGGGACGGCAUUGAAGGAAACUGCCAGAUCAUACUUGACUAAUGCUAAGAAGCUGUACAAUAAGCUGCGAUGUGACGACCAGCCGAUGUUGGAGCACGUGGAGCAGCUUCUGGGCGAGCUGGGAGGAGAGGUGGAGGGAGAGGAUGCAGAUCCAGCGUUGGAUGAAGAUUUUGAACCCUGUAGUGAUGAUGAUGAAGAGGAGGAUGCAGAAGCACCCAUGGAACACUGACCGCACCUCCCUGCUUGUAUUUUGUGAUUUCACUUUUCUCCCAUCAUGUCUGUCUGUAGUUCAUGAGAUCUCAAAGGGUGCCUUUUUUUAAAUGGUUUUCCUCUCCCACCUGCUUAUCAACGAUUAAAUCUGAAAUCCACUGAUAUGCACAAAAGAGCGGCAUUAAAAGCAGCAGUCUCCUCAAUCUCUUUCAGCCAGUUGUUUAAUGCUUUCACUGAAAUAAGUCCGUACUUGAGUAAUGCUUCCCUUAAUCUCCUUGACAGAAGUUUAUUAAGAAAUGAGUUUUAAAGCUUUACAUCUCAGCAGCAGCAGAAGCUGAGCACCUUUGAAGGCUUUUUUACCUCUUAUGCGCACCCACGCUCGGUUUCUACAAGCAAACAUACACGACACAUACAAACAACAACACAAAGGGAGCAUGUUAAUUACUUCAGCUCUUCCUCAGUACGACAGCAGGAGCGUUCCCCUCUGAGAAACUGCAGAGUGAGCCAUCUCAUGUAAGAGUUACUCGAAAUGCCAACUUUACAUGCAGCUCUGUUAUGUUAAGUUUAUGUGCAUUUAAUUUCAUUCUCCUGCUUUAGAGCUCAUUUAAUUCAACAAGACAUAAAAGAGAAUUUGACUACCUGAUGCAGAAAGCAAUUCUCUGAGCUUGACUGUUGAAAGUGACUUGAGCCCUUUCAGAAAGGAGAAACUAGCUUUUAAAUGCUCAGGCAGGGUUAGGUUUUGUCGUACCUCAAUAACGGACAGAAGCUUUUCACUUUCUUUAGAGCCGAGUGCAGCAAGGUGAAGAGAGUGCUUUGAAAUCUGAGUGGGUGACUGUGUGCGUGCGUGCAUGUGUGUGGCAAGAUAAUUAUGUCGCUCAAACAGUUUUAUCAACAGCAGAAAAACCCAAAGUGUGACACAUUCACAACAUGGCAGUUAACUAGAUGAUGACAUGUUUGAAAGCUAAUGUAUGAAAAAUUUGGAUAGAGUUUUUCCACACUGCAACCCCGUAUUAUCCUUUUGUUGCCUUUCAAGCAUGCAGGCAGUCAGUCGGCGUCUCUUAGCUGCCUCAGUUUUAAGCAUCUGUUUGAUUUGAUUUUUUAGCAUAGAGAAUGCGUGUCUCUAUGUAGGUGUAUGAGCUGUGACUUUUGCGCUUUGAUAUAUUUUUGGUGCGUGUCGAGUUUUUCUCCCUAGAUGCCUUUAGCAGGAGGGACUGCUCCAUGCGACAUACAUUCACCAACGCACAACCUCCACGGAGUAUUUCUCCAUGCACCAUGCCUGUUAACAAACAUGACACACCACAGGCUUUCGCUGCUGCACGGCCCCUUUGAAGAAUUUCAUAACCGGUAAAUGGGAACGUUAUCUGAGAUUCCGAUCCCGAUAGUGACCCGACUGCAAGCUGAGAGGUCUGUUUGGGAAUGCGGGGGUUCAGAUAGUGUGAGUUGAUAGUGCGGGUUGGUGUUUAAGGAGCAUAAAAUACAGCUCGGGAGAAAAGUUACAGAUACAAUGCUGUGUGUGUAUUUGUAUAUGCAGCAGAUUAUCGUAGCUUAAUGUGAUCUGAUGUGUUGUUAUUUGUGGACUGGGCUUUGCUCAGAAAUAUUCAAUGUCUGUGAUGUUUGGUACAUGGUAAUGUACCAGUGCAGGCCUUGAGGAAUGACUACCUGGAGCGAUGCUGUCAUCUAGCAUUUGCCUUUUAUAAUUAAAACAAGCUCCACUGUGUGUGUGUUUUUUCUGUGCGUGUGUGUGUGUCCGUCCAUGCGGCUCAUUUGUGGUGCGGUGUGAUUAAUGACUCCAGGGGCGAGUGAGCACUGGCGGUCAGCCCUUUCUGGUUAUUCUGAGCUGACCUAGUGUGAGUGGGCCAUAGUCGGCACAAAGCCUUAGGUGAUCUCAAAAUCCUUGGCCAUUCUCUCACCUGUGCAUCAGCUUCAGCACCGCAGUAAUACUUUCUCUCGCUGAGAGAGGGGUGUGCAGAUUCUACACAAGGACACACAUUCAAUCACCGGUAAAGGACACUCACUGUUUGCUUGCUUUCUUUCCAGCUCUGGCUGGAAAUUCCUCUCUGAAAGGCCAGAAUUGGUCUCUGAGCGUGCCAAAAAUAUAGUAAUAAUCAUACUUCUAUUAAUAUAUGGCCUUGCCUUUUUAUCUAUAAAGUGUGAUCGCUUCAUGCGUUAGUGAUGAAUAUGAUCUAGAAAUACGUAUUGUGUAUAUAGGUAAUGUCUGAGGUGCAGUACGUUGUUUUUUACCUGUGUGCAAAAAUGUCUUUGGAGACCUUUGCACCAUGUGUUCAAUCUCCGGGGAAACCAGUCCAUAAUUAGGGUGUGUGUCUGUGUGCAUCUGUAUGUGGGUUUUUUCUUUCCUUCUUUUUUUUUAUUUAAUAAUCGACGGUAAUGAGAUGAGCGGAGGGGAGAAUAAUCCUGGAUUAACAGCUUAAAAAUGCAUGUGUUGUCAUAACAACCUCCUGAUUGGGACUUAAUCAUUGAAAUACAGUCACACAAACACUCAUUCUCUCUCUCUCACACACACACAUAAACUCCCCAACCCAGGAACCACCAGUUGUCCGUGCAUCAGAUAGCUAGAUACUCCUAGCUGUGUACGUGUGCUGUUUGUCCUGUGCUGGGGAAUUUGUCGUUGACUUAAUUAGAGAGUUAAGCAGGGUGCUCCUCUGAAGGGAUUACGGGGGAAAUUAUCAGAAUCUGGAGACUUAAUGCUGAAACCAGUUAAACGGAAGCAGGAGGAGGGGGAUCAAAGCUCAGAGGAGAAAAGAGUUUGAGAGGUAGUUUGACUGUUUAUUCACGCACAUUCACAUGUUCAUUUAUGUAAACUGUCCCCUUAAAGUCAUGCUUAAGCACUCAUAUUUGGUUUAGGGUAUACAAGCAAUUUGUUCACCCUUUCAAAGCUGCUGUUUUGGCUCUUUUUGAGUCUUGGGCACUCGGGAUGCUGGAGAGGCUCAUGGAUAUUCUGGGAUGCUAAGCAAGAGCCUAGGAGGCGACAGAAAAUCAGAUAAGCAGGACAAAGACGAUCGGACAAAAUCGUCUCGACUAACUUUAGGAUUGACAGGAACUGUGCGUCCCUCAUCCCCAUCAUGUUCUUAACGCUGUGGCUGUGCAUCCAAAUUGUGAAUUAACAACGUAAUGCAAGUGAUGGUUAUCUAACCAAAGGGUUUCCCUGACAGCUUCUGUGAGAAGCCAUGAAUAAAGUGACCUUUGUCCUCUGUUGUGAAACCAUUUCGCCUAUAGAACAGUUUCCUAAUAGAUGAACUGUGUGCACGGCUUGGAAAACCCUGCUGAUGAAUUGACACACAAACCCCACAGCUUUGUGGGACUUGUGUGAUCAUUAAAAUAUUCAGUGGGGCGCAAGGUUAUGUCCGUUAUGAUUUAUUUGACUCUUAAAUGUAAGAUUUGUUGAGGGAAAACUUUGAGGGGUUUUUUUUUCCUCAUUAGUUUUCUGGAGAAACUCUCGUAAAUAACUCUCGGAAAAGUCAUCUUCAUCAUUGAUCUGUGUUUUUGGUCAAUAUGGCUAUUUUAGACUCUUCCCACUGCUGCUAUUGUCUGAGGAUUGAAUGGGUUUGUGCAUCUCUGCACGCUCACAGUUUGUGUGUGUGUGCAUAGUAAUCUUUGGUGGGAACAUCUGUCUCUCAGAGAUAACAUAACCGAGGAAUUAGGCAUGCUGUCUUACCACCGAGCAUCACAUCUCACUAUUACAGCCCCCUAAAUUAUACCCUAUUAUACCUCUCUGUGUAUAUAUGUGUGUGUAUGUGUGCAGAUGAGUGUAAGCAAUGUGCUGACAGUGUCAUGUCCUUGGGGGACUGUGCCACAUGUUAGAGUAUCGCUUAGCCCACCACCUCCCCUAAUCCUUAAAUCCAUUGUAGACCAAAAUUCACAUAGUCAUUUCCACAUAAUACAAGUCUUACGCAAACAAGUUUUGACUCAACGAGAAAAGAGUAAAUAAUUGAAAUAACACAAAAAAAUAGACUAGCAAUCUCUAUGAUAAAUUGGCUUUACGUGGUUCAGAAUUAUACACAGUAAUGCAACGUUUUUGAUGUAAAAGCUCUAAACAGCCUGGAUCUGCUUAGCUUUCCAUAUAUUACACCUGUCUGAGCAGUAUCUCUUAUGCAUCAGCGGUGACAGAUUACUCUUUGAAGUGUACUCUUUUAUGGAAGUUCAAAAGCUUACAAAAGCUAACAAGGUGAUGCAUCAAAAUCACAGAAAAUUCAGAGUCCUAUAUGAUAAAAUAUGUGAUUAAAGGAUCACCUCACUAUUCAACUCACGAAAAAGAGAAUUUCUACCCUCUUCUUCUUCCUUUUUACAUUGUUUUCCUUUUUGCUUCAGUGUCAUUUGGUGGUUGAGUAAAACAGUUAGAAUAAUACCCUUGCUGUUAGUAUAACACCUACACCUAGGAGUCACAGAGAUCCUGUAAAAAGAGAGGAAAAUUGGAGAGAAACUGUAUUACAGUCUCUUUUACGGCACAAGGAAAACUUUUAAUGAAUGUCACUGUGGGGGGAAGAGGAAUAGAAAGGGCGCUGUAAUAAUAACACCACAAAAGCACAUUGCGCUGCAAAGGUCUGUGCAGUACAACAGCAUUCAAACAUGUAAAAGAUACGGUCUGAAUGAAGGGAAUUGAGAUGACAAAGUGUAAUGGUGCCUUUCCUUCUGCACAGUCAGAGAACAGCCGGGGGAGCUGAAGGCAGCCCCACUGACCUGGUUGAAUCAAAGAGAAGGGUAGGAGGCGAGAUCGCAAAAAAGGGAAAGAAAGGAAGCGAGCAAGAGACGGGGAAGUGUCUCAUUUAUACAACACUGCAAUUUAGGUCGAUGGAGCAUUUCAGUAGCCGUAAGGGGCUCUUUUUGCUCAGUGCAAUCUAUAGCCUACCCGCAAUCUAACAAUCAAAUGCGGUGCCAAUAGAGGCGACCCUGCCUCAGCAGUGAGCUCUCUGUGACUGCUGGGGUAUUUUGACCGAGUGCCAGCUUUAGUUUUUAUUCCUCAUUAAUUCUCAGAAGCGAUUGACUGAAGAAACCGCUUCCUCUCCAUCAUAAAUCAACUCACACUCCUGAGUGUGUGUGUGUGUGCUCACACAGCAGCAAAACAUGUACACACCAGGGGGCAAAUCUUGGGGCUUAGGUAAUGGUUUAAUCAGUCACUGACAGAAAGUACAGUGAUAUUGCGAUUGCUAAUUUUCAUGUGACCCCAGUUUGGAUAAGUGUGUGCGUGGGAGCCUAAAAAUCUACUGAUAUAAUAAUGUGAAGAUUCCACUAUUGCCUCGCUAUUCAUGGAUAAAUAGGCUUUUGAAAUGACACGCUGUGUUUAGCGUUCAAUCUCCACCUUUUAGGUUCUUUUGUGUGUGACUGUUUUCAUGGAUUUCCCCAUUAGAGAGUCGGCGUUAUGAACUGGAGCAGUUUGCUUUUAUAUGAUCUCUGUGAUUAUCAGCAUUUGAGGACGCAGAAGUUGCAGCACAUUUGAGUGUCUCCAAAUUAAACUCUGGGAAAGAAUGGGGUAAUAGUGUGUGUGUGUGUGUGUGUGCGUGUCAGAGAGGGAGAGGUAGCGAUAGAAAGGUUUGAUGCUGUAACAGCUGCUAAUUAUUGCUGCUCUAUAUUUCACACAGUCUGUUUGAUCUCCGGUCCUGUGGAGAGAGAUAGGGAUUCUCGGUUUCUGUUUCUCCCAAAUUCGCGCGCUUUACACACGGGCUCAAGGGUCACAGGGAGGAGAAAGCAGACCCGUGCUCUAAUUACCGAAUCUCUGCAAGAGAUGACUUAUUUGUAGCCAACGCUUCAGGACAGAAAGUGUACAUUUUGUGUAUUGCUUUUGAGCCUGUAUUUAUGUCACCCCUUGCUGAAGCCCCCCUCAUGUGUUGGGCUGUGUUCACUGAUAUCACGGAGGGCAAAUCAAUCCAAUCUCUCAAAGCGCUCUGGGUAGUCUAAGCCCAUAGACCAUCUGGAUACCGCUCUGUUCUCUUCUGUGUUCUGCUCCCCGAGUGCCGGCCGCUGCAGUGAUCAACUAUUUGGCAAGCAGCUUUGACACAUCACCAAUCACCAGGCUUGAAUACAUAGCAACAGUUACCAGCAUCCAUAACCCUUGGCGAGAUAUGUAAGAAAGUCAUCUGUGUGUGUGUGUGUGUUUAUUCUUGUUUUAGUGAUUAAAUAAGUUUUUUCUUCUAUAUACACUUUUAAAAAGUGUUGUUUUGAAACAGCUAGAUGGUGAAAUUUGGUUAAAGAAUAAAGAGAUCUUUAAAAAAUUG